AAGCGCCGCGGCGCCGUCGGGGUGAGGCCGGGCGCGCGCGCGGCCGAUGGAGCCGGGGGCGGGUCGCCCGGGCGCGGCGCCCAGCGGGGCGUCGCCCGUGCGCGCCCGCCUGGACGCGCUGCUGGAGCGCGCGGCGGCGCAAGGCCUCUGCGACGGAGGCCCCGGCAGCGCCGGCGACGGCACGAUCGUAGGCGACGCGGCGGCGGUUGCCAAAGCCGCGGGCAUCCGCUUCACGACGGUCUACGAGGUCCUCGCCGAGGCCGAGGAGGCGCUCCAGUUGCCAGGCUGUCCGGCUGUGGUGGCGCUCCGCGUCGGGGACCUUUGCGAGGUCGUGUCCCCCGUCUGCGUCCGCAGGGAGGAGGCGCUGGACAGCGAGGUGCUCGUCGAGAGGGUGGCGCCGGGCAGGAGGCUGCGCGUGCUCGAGGUCGGCAGGCGCGACCGGCCGCGCAUCCGCGUGGCGGGGGCGGGCGGCGGCGCCACGAGCGGUUGGGUCAGCGUGCGGGCUCACGGCGGGGACGAGCUGGUGCGGCCCGUGGAGGCGCCUCGCUUGGCGGGUGCCGCCGGCUCCAUCGGGCCCGUGGAGCAGCUCAGCGCGGGGCUCGCGGCGCUGGGCUCGAGCACCAGCGCCUUCGUGUCGCAGGCGCCGGCGACGCGGUGGCCUCGAGGUCCUCCCGCAUCGCGGAGCAGUCGCAGCUCGCCCAGCGGGCGCGCAAGGAGGACGCGGCGGAGGCUCGGCGUCAACUCGAGGA